ACCAUUGCAGUGACCUGAGCUUCAUCUUCUGUAGCCUGUGUGUUGAGGACCAGCGCUGUACCGGGAUGUGGGUCACAGAAACACCUGCCUCUGCGAAAUGUGGCUCAGACGUGGACUGGGAUGACCUUUGGGAUCAGUUUGAAGAGCGAAGAUACCUGAGUGCCCGGAAGUGGAAGGGCGGCGAGGACCCGUACCGGCUCCAUGCCUUUAACCAGCGGGAGAGCGAGAGGAUCCCCAGUGACCGUGCUGUCCGCGACACGAGACAUUACAGCUGUAUGACUUUGCGCUAUCGUCCAGAUCUCCCGCCAACCAGUGUCAUCAUUACCUUCCACAAUGAGGCCAGGUCUACCUUGUUAAGAACAAUUCGAAGUGUGCUUAACCGCACCCCGGUGCAUCUCGUCCAUGAAAUCAUACUAGUGGAUGACUUCAGCGAUGAUCCUGAUGACUGCCGCUUAUUGGGCAAGUUACCCAAGGUGAAAUGCUUACGUAAUGGACAACGAGAAGGUCUCAUCCGAUCCCGGAUCCGAGGGGCAGAUGCAGCGCGAGCAGGAGUCCUGACCUUCCUAGACAGUCACUGUGAGGUGAAUAAGGACUGGUUGCUCCCUCUACUGCAGAGAAUCAAAGAGGAUCCCACCAGGGUGGUCAGUCCCGUUAUUGACAUCAUCAACUUGGACACUUUUGCCUAUGUGGCAGCUUCCUCAGACCUCAGAGGAGGUUUUGACUGGAGUCUACAUUUUAAAUGGGAGCAGCUUUCCCCAGAGCAGAAAGCCAAACGACUUGAUCCCACUGAACCCAUUAAGACUCCUAUCAUUGCCGGGGGGCUGUUUGUGAUUGACAAAGCCUGGUUCAACCACCUGGGGAAGUAUGACAGUGCCAUGGACAUCUGGGGCGGAGAGAACUUUGAAAUCUCUUUCCGUGUGUGGAUGUGUGGAGGGAGCCUUGAAAUUAUCCCCUGCAGCCGCGUUGGACAUGUCUUCCGGAAGAAACAUCCGUACGUCUUUCCGGAGGGAAAUGCCAAUACAUACAUUAAAAACACCAAGCGCACAGCGGAGGUGUGGAUGGACGAGUUCAAACAGUACUACUACGCGGCUCGUCCUGCAGCGCAAGGAAGGCCUUAUGGAAAUGUCCAGAGCAGAGUGGAGCUACGGAAGAGGUUGAAAUGCCACAGCUUUAAGUGGUACCUGGAAAACGUUUAUCCUGAACUUAGGAUUCCCGAGGAAUCGCUGUACCAGUCUGGGAUGAUCAGGCAAAGGCAGAGCUGCCUGGAAUCAUACAAGUCCGAAGGUCAAGAGUUCCCAGUCUUGAGCUUAAGUCCUUGCAUCAGCAGCAAAGGCACGGCAGCUACGGCACAGGAAUGGACAUACACGUACAACCAUCAAGUCCGCCAGCAACAGCUGUGCUUGUCAGUGUACACCCUCUUCCCAGGUUCCCAGGUGCUGCUGUCACCUUGCAAGGAAGGUGACAACAAGCAGCGAUGGGGUAAGGUCGGGUCGCAUAUUGAGCACAUAGCUUCGCGCUUCUGUUUGGACACUGAGACCAUUGGGGACACAAACGAGAGUACCAAAGAGCUUGUCAUCAACCCUUGUGAGAGCACAGCCAUGAGUCAGCGCUGGGACAUGGUGAUGUCUUGACCUGCUUGAGGACUUACCUCGCUGGGCCAGGCACCAAGACUUUGCUACAAGCAGCCAAGAUAAACCAAAUGGAGCUCAAAUGCAAAACCAUUGGGGGUCCUUGUGGGGCAGGAGAAGAAUCAUUCAAAUAAAAAUAAGAACGUGGCCCUCCAGGCUGAACAACAAAUGUUGACUGCAGGACGUGUAGCCAUUAUUGGCUUGUUGGCAGUCAUACAUUCAAACAGAAGGGAUGGCAAGAAACCAAUCUUGAAAUGUCUUAAAGUGAUGCUGCACAAGGAGAGGACUUGCCAAGGAUGCUAAGAAACAUAACCUGGGGUCAGGUGGAAAACACUGAGUAGUCUUUGCACUUUUUGUUGCAGUGGCUGAGUUUGUCUUCUGAAGACAGCGUGGGUGGAGCUGUGUUGCACAUUUUAGUUUGUGUGUGAUCCAUGUGUGUGUUGUGUAUACAGAGAGGCAGUGCUGUCAUUUAGGAGUGCAGCCAGGAUCAAACCAGCAGGUAAUGGAGAAGUCCUGCUCUGUGCAAACUGCCCGUGGGAGGGUAUUGAAUCUCUAAAGGCCAAGCAAACAGAGGAUUCAUUGUGUGAGGUUAAAGGAUACAAACCGCUGUGACACUGGAAGGAGAAGCAGUAACAUGAUUAUUUCACCUCUCUGAAGGCCAUGGGUGAGCCUCAGCCACUGAAAAUUCCCUUGUAAUCUCAAUAUUUGUCUCUCACUGCUUCAGAUUUGGAAUAAGUCAAUUUUUCAUAACAGUAGUAUUCCAUAAAAGUAAUAUUUUUGGUAA